GGCUGUAAUUUCUUGAGCGAAUAACUGAAAGAAAAGAAUGUGGUUCGGAAUGUGCUGACCAGAAAGGCUUCAGUCUUUUGUGUGAGAGGAAGUGAGCCUUAAUGCACCAUCCACUCCAGUCCGGUGCCCCAGCGCUUUCUCCAUGAGCAUUGAUUCAGACUUCAACAAAGGGACGACCUUGAAAAACAGCCUCGCUCCCAUCGCCAGUUUGGAGUGCAUCGAUGAAAGCUCAGCGACCAGCGACGGUUCCAGAACCCUCCCGCCCAGCCGCCAGAUAUCGCUCUCGGCGGCAACAGGAAUCCGAUACAAGAACCUUGGGAAGUCUGGUUUAAAAAUAUCCAGUGUUGGAUUAGGAACAUGGGUAACUUUCGGCCAGAACCUUUCCGAAGAGCAAGCAGAAGAAAUUGUCCAAACUGCUUAUGACCAUGGAAUCAAUAUCUUCGACACUGCAGAUGCUUAUGCAGGGGGAAGAUCAGAGCUACUCCUCGGAAAGAUACUCAAAAAUAGUGGAUGGAAGCGUUCCAGUUACAUUGUGGCAACGAAGCUGGUGUGGGGCAGCAAGUUAGACUCCGACAUGGGGUUGUCAAGAAAGUUCAUUCUUGAAGCCAUCGAUGCCAGCUUGCAACGACUGCAGAUGGACUACGUAGAUAUUGUAUACAUUAACAGAACAGAUCCGAUGUGCCCUAUAGAAGAGGUAGUGCGGGCGUGCACACAUGCAAUCAACCACGGAAAAGCCAUGUAUUGGGGCACUUCUCGGUGGACAGCCAUGGAGAUUAUGGAAGCGUACACAGUUGCCAGACAGUGUCAUCUGAUACCGCCGUCCGCCGAGCAGACAGAAUAUCACAUGUUCCAGAGAGAAAAGGUCGAAAUCCAUUUACCAGAGCUCUUUCAUAAAAUAGGUACUGGCACAAUCACCUGGUCUCCUCAAGCCUUCGGAUUGCUCACCGGCAAAUUCGACGAAGGAGUCCAGCUGCUGUCGAGAGGUUCACUAAAAAGUUUAUCGGCACUACAAGACCGCCUGAACAUGGACGACAGCAGGAACCCGAAGGAUCAAUUGAAGAUGCGUGAGCUCAAUCAUUUGGCCGACAAGCUCGGUUGCUCCAUGACGCAGCUCACCAUCGCCUGGUGCCUAAAAAGUGAACAAGUUCAAUGUGUCCUUCUCGGUGCUCUCUCCAUAGACCACUUGUAUGAUCAACUUCAAGCCUUGCAAAUCAUUCCCAAGCUCACGACCAACAUAUCGAACGAGAUAGAGAAGAUUUUAGAUAAUAAGCCAACCCGGCAUCCCUUGCAGAGGUGACUGGCGCCGAGCCGGGGCCCUUCCGUGGACCUCGGCUCACCCUCUGAUAACCUGCCUGAGAAGGGAAGAGACACCAACCACACGGCCACCUCCCCGACCGGGGACGCCCCCCACGACCAACCGGCCACAACUUUCAUGGACACUCUCAGAUCCACCUGCGUGCUACAAUGAUUCUCUGGGAACAGCUGGAACUGUUAUUGCGCUUAAGUUCUGCCAUCGAUUCAAGUUCAAAUUGCUUUGUUUUAUUCACGAACCGAUUUGUUCAACUUAACGUACUCAUGAACAUAUUUGUUCAAUUUAAAGCACUCAUGAACCGAUUUGUUCACCUUAACGUAUUUACUUCUCUGAUCGAAAGUGUCUCAUGCCACUGAAAUAUGUUGAUUCAAUGUCUGAAAAGAUCAUGAAUUUAUUAAUAAUGUUCAGUUUUCUGAAAGGGUGCGGUGAUGGUUUGGAGUUUUGCGUAUUUAUACUUAUUCGUUACGUUAAUUUCCCCUAUUUCUAUUGAAGAAUUCGAUGGGGAUAUCAUUUCUUGAGCCAUGGACCAGGAUUCUAAAUGGUUUGAUGGAAAUUAAAUUUCCCAAACACUUAUUAACAGAUUUAUUUAAACUUUUCAAUGCAUACUGCCAUAAAUAAUAAAAAGAGAUUUCCUAAAAUUGAUUUAAUGAUUACUAAACAACACCUUUUCUUUUUACUAUA